CCCCCCCCGCCCCUGGCCUCCCACCAUAAAUUUUUUGCCCCUCCGAUUCUUUUUUUUUUUGUGUUGUACAGCGUGCGACCCUCACAUUGUGUGACGCCCACGUUCUCAAGGUUGCAUCUUUCGUUGUUCUUCUUCUUGCUCUCCUCCUUGUGUCUUUGGAGCUCGAGUUCAAUUUGGGUUCGUUGAUUCUUUUGAGAAUUCGCCGGGUUUCCGCCCGAUUCCUGGCUAUAAAUUUCCGUGGGUUCUCUCUCUGAUACGCUCUCUCACUGUUCGAUCGUUCUGGGCAGGGCUCGGGUUUGGAAUUCAUCCUGAAUUCUGGGCGAUUCCCUUCGUUAAAGAUCAAUCCGGGGCGUGUGCUUAUCGCUGGGUAUUUUGUUGUUUCUGUUCUCGGGCUUCUUUUGGGUGUCGGAAAGCAUCAUUCUUUUUUUGGGUUUCCGGCAUUCGUUUUGAUUUGGCGAAUUGCCAGAUUUUCGGUAUAGGGAGGCUUUUUGGUUUCGACAGUUUGCGAGGUUCCGUCCGCCAUGAAUUUUUCAGAACCCGGGCUUCCGCUCAUGCCGGCUGCGAUGCUCCAUUAUGUCAACGGCGGCGACGCGGCCGGGUAUUGGUCCCAAUUCGAAUUGAAAAGCGAGGAAUUCGAUGUGAAUUCGGAGUUCGAUCAACUGCCCCCUCCCUUAAAGAGACCCAGGAACUUUGAGGACAACCGGUCGAGCUCUACGGCAUCGAAUCCGAGGCCUAACCCUCCCGUCAAUAAGGGAGCGACCAACAUUUUCUGGAAGACCCGGAUGUGCGCCAAGUUCAAAAUUGGCAUGUGUCGGAACGGGGAGAACUGCAAUUUCGCUCAUGGCGUCGAAGAUAUGCGGCAACCUCCACCCAAUUGGCAGGAGCUUGUCGGCAUGCGCGAGGAGGAUAAUAAAUCAUCUGGGAAUUGGGAGGAUGACCAGAAAAUUAUACAUAGGAUGAAGCUAUGCAAGAAGUUCUAUAAUGGGGAGGAGUGUCCUUAUGGGGAUAGAUGCAACUUUCUUCACGAGGACCCGGCUAAGUUUAGAGAUGAUUCCGGGAGGUUUCGGGAGACCUCGGCGAUAUGCAUUGGAACCACUGGAAUGCCAACGGGGCAAGGAACUGGUCCUAGUCAGUCGGAUGUUAGUCGGCCCAAUGUUGGAGCGGAUGGCAGAGUAACUUCGAAACCUGUUUACUGGAAAACGAAGUUGUGUACUAAGUGGGAGAUAACAGGUCAAUGUCCUUUUGGUGAGAAAUGUCACUUUGCGCAUGGACUAGCAGAGUUGCAGUCGCCUAGCGGACGAUUUGAAGGAGAUGCGGUGCAAACGGCCUCGGUCGUCGCUACAAAACCUCAACCUCAACUUCUUCAUAUCAAUGACGGGCCUUCUCUCAUGACAGCGAAGGGUCCUACUUCAACGGAAGAAGCACAGAGCAAGAAGUGCUUAUUGAGAUGGAAAGGACACAAGAAGAUCAAUCAGAUUUACGGUGACUGGCUCGAUGAUUUGCCCCUGGAGCAAAACUUGCCAAACAAAGUAGAGAGCUGAUACUCCUUCGCCUGGAUCUCAGCGCCGUAAAAAUUCUUUCUUUGCAAACACUUGUGCCUAAACUAGACUAAGUCUUCUAGUGUGUGGAAAAUGAAGGAUGCGGUCUGUACAUCACAUAUUUUUGUUUCAGGAGUUUAAUCUGGUGAAUGGUCCGUAGCUUUUCUGUUUCGAACUGUCUUCGGUUCCGUUGGCGAUCAUUUUAGGAUGUGAUAUAGUUCUUGCAGUAUAGGUGAUUUGUUCUUUCAUUGGCCUUUGUCAAUAGGUCAUUGAUUGCUUGUCAGCUUAUCGAUUGGAAUUGUAAUGGGAAAAUCUCAAAUUUGAUAGUGA